CAGAGUCUCAAGACACUCGUCCGCACAGUCGCGCUGUAUAGUUGUUUCGAUUAGGACGUGUGGUUCGCUUAAGCGCACGCAAUCUUUUCCAUGGUAACUACAAAACGAACAGCGGUCAUUGCAGUCUCACGUGAAAGAAACUAAAAAACCUAACUAAAAAUCGCUUGCCAAAAGCAAUGGAGGAAAACUAAGUGUUGUAAUCUGUAAACGUGUGUGUUAGCUAUGCAUCGUCGCGUUGGUUAAAGCCAAACGAAAGCUCGAAUAAUAGGGGCAGAAACUAAAUCUGCUUACAACAAUACAAACAUGUCCUAACCAAGUGAAGGCACAGCCACAAAGCCGCAGUCGCGGCAUAAGCCAGACACACCAUUAAGAAAACUGUAACACAAGGCUCAAAAAAUCUAAAUUGAAAAAUUGCGACACUGCCUUCUUAGUUAUUUAGCAAUUGUUUUCAACAAAACAGAGGUUUUCUCAACGGUAACUGCCUCCGUCAUCGGUACGGUGGCUGCUGCUGCUCCCCACUUCCCGCGCUUCCAACCACUAUUUUUAUCCGAGCUUGCCUAUGUUACAGUUACGACGACACGCCAUACCUGCAAUAUGAAGUAUUCAACAAGUCGAAUAAACAUUCUGUGCCUGCUGGGAUUGUGCCUACUGCUUUUUAAAACAGCACCCACAGAGGCACAAAACAAACGAACCUCGCGCGUAACCAGCUCCCGCAGCUUCGGGACCAACAUCAAGACCGACACUUCCAAUGGCCCUAGCUUCGACUGCCCUGAGGAGUUCGGAUACUAUCCGCACCCAUCGGAUUGCACCCAAUACUACGUGUGCGUCUUUGGAGGAGCGCUGCUUGAAAGUUGCACUGGCGGCUUGAUGUACUCGCACGACCUGCAGACCUGCGACUGGCCGCGAAACGUCGGCUGCGAGUUGGCGGACACAUCCUCCGAGCGCAACCUUGCACAAAGCCAGGUCCAGAGGCAAAGAGAACCCCAUGCACAGCACGUGCCAAGCCGAGUACGUUUUGGAGCCGCUUUCAGCAGUCAGGGUGGCACACAGAAGACGGCCACAGUGCCGCCACAGUACCAUCGUUCUCCACCACAGGUAAUACAGGCGCAGGUGCAGAAUAUACCUCCUCCCCCACCGGAGCUGCGAGUGUCACCAAACCCGGUAAUCACGUCGCGUGGUCAACCAAAACCGCUGAUCGACUCCCAGGAGGACAUUGCAAAGCUGUAUGCUGAUGCGCAGGAAUCAUUGCCGCCUGUGGAAGAAGAGGAGUCCGACCGUCAGCAGAGAGUGUAUCGAGGCCAACCCAGUACCGUUAGUCAAGUUCAACGCGAUCGCGAUGGUAUUAUUCACCAAGCUAGUAUUAAUUCUAUUCCUCAAACUGGAAAAAUCGGAUCUUACGCUUUUGGAACCGCCUAUAGAGUUGAGUCGCCUUCACCGUCAUCGCUAGGGACACCGCAACCCGCUAAUAUAUUUGUACAGCCCACGUCAGCAGCCCCGCCGCAACAGUCAGAGCCCAAUCGUAACUACUACAAUGCAUCUACAUUUAAUCAUGGGGGCAGCUACCAACCACAGCAGCAAAACCAACAACAACAGCCACAACCAACACCAUUCCAACAAGCGCAACCACAAGAACAACAUCAGCAGCAGGCACAAGCCCCAACACAUUCAUAUGACACAUCCUAUUAUUCGGUUUACGACGACGAUAUCGAUUUAUAUAGGGAUAUAGAGUACCAUCAGCAACAGUCACAGGAGCAGCAGAAAACACCUACGCCGCAGUAUCAGUCGGCAGUGCGCCAACAGCAGGCCCACCCAACCUACCGCCCCUUAGAGCUUCCCGCCACUCCGAAGCCCCCCUCUUACGAAAACCAGCCAGCGUACAAUACAGACUACGAUGAGGAUAUUAAUAGCCAGAUUGAACAGGAUAAUGCGUACGAUCAUCCAACACGUACUCCUCAAAGCUCGAAAGCGCAUGCAAAUAAGCCAUAUAAACAACAUAUUCCUGACAAGUCAAAAACAACCACAAAAGCUUCCAGUACAUCUUACAUGACCACGACCAGCUCCACACCUUUUCCUAAUCACCUUACUUAUAGUUCAAAUCCUUUUCUCCAAUCGAAACUACAACAAGUUGCUAAGUCGUUGGCAAGAGUAGUGCCAAGCAGUCAACCUAGGAUAAAUUUUACCGGUUACCCUCAAGCUCAAAACCUUACAAACUCGCCCCACCAGUCCACAAGUUUGGAAUCAGUUCCUGACCAAGUUUCCGGUCAAAUUAUUUCCCUAAUUCCCCCGCCCACCACCACGCAAAGGCCCUUGGUAAAGGACAACUCCAGUAAUAGCAGCCCGGACAACGUUGACAGUGCCUUUGACAAGAGUCAUACAAUUAAUCAGACGGUUGAUCCGCCAAAGAGUCGCUCCUUUGAAACGACCACAUCGUCAAAGUUCCUAGAUUUUAUUAAUGCCGCAGCGUAUGGUACAAGCCCGAGUGGCAUUCGGCUGAAUGAAGUGCCAGAUAAUCUUGUUAACAAGGAUAUUCCUUUUCGAGACAAGGACAACUCGUUUGAGUCGAGCUCACCGAACACAGAACCAGAGCCCAAACGUUUUCAGAAGUACGUAGAUUCUGAUGUACCUCCACAAAGUUUUAAAGUUCCCACAAAGGGUGGAAUGCGAGCACCAACGGAAGAAAUGGAAAGCACAAGCACAACCAGGCCAAGUAAGCCCCUACAAUAUAGUCUUCAAAGUGGAUCAAAAGGUUUUAGUUUGCAUGUGGAGCCAAUGAUCGCAAAGACGAAAAGUUUUUCCACAAGCACAACCACAACUAGCUCAACAACACUGGCGGACUUAUUUCAGAAGUUCGUCGACAUCAAACCUACAACUUACGCUCCACCACUUCUCAUUUGGCGUAGUGGAAGGCCCAUCAUUCAACAAGCACUUCAUAGACCAACAGUCGCAACUUUCAUCACAUCUACUAGCGUUACUACAACUACAUCUCCUCCUACAACUUCUAAAGAUGUAGCUGAGUCUAGCAGCACUACCAGGGCCAUUACAGCAUCAAAAUCUGCGGCGCAGCCCAGCCGAGAACAGAAUUUUCUACCAAGGGCAGGUUAUUUGCCCCGUUCCAAUUAUUUCAAGGAAAGUCCAAAUCGAGUAACAGCCAACCCUGCUAUGCAUUUUGUCUCACCGUUCAAAAGCCUUGAGAACUUGCUUCAUGAAGAUCGCCAGCACCACCAUCACCAACUACGGACUACAACCAGACCCCGCUACACAAAUUCUCCUGCCUUUCCGGAGUUCCUCCAGACUACGGCAAAAUCACGAAAGAAUCUUUUUAUGAUGGCGUCUGUUAGAAACUCUAGUAAAGAUGUUUUGGCCACAAUGGAGACAGGAAACGCUCGCAACUUUAGUGUCAGCGACGCUAUACUAAGCACAUUCAGUCCUCAGCGUCCUGCCCCAAGUAUGCUGCGAACCACUACCACGACUACAACAACUACUACCAUGAGACCACCUCCCCUAGGAAUAACGUCGACUGAAGAUUCAACAACCGUUUCUGCCAUAAUCGCUUCCUCUGCCAUCCAAAUAUCACAGUCCCCAAAGCCUGCGCGUGGGCGCUCUCGAUACACGGCGGCCACUUUAAACAGUCUCGGGGACAGCGGGGACGAGCCCACGACUUAUGCACCCAAGCUUAGAUUGCUCCGCGGAUAUGAUCCCAUUCCGCUGCCUAAAACCAAGCCCCAACGAGUACAAGUGAUCGGCAAUCAGAGGUCUUUGUUAGGUGGGCCAACAGCAAUGCCACAUGAAAAGUAUAGGGAAAUAAAGGGCACAUUGCACGCCAGAGAUCUCGCCUUUGGCUCCCAAAAUAUACUAAGCAAGUCGCUUAAACAUAAAGCAAUCGAAAAUGAAGCCAGCGUUUCGGACGAGCCAAGAGCCGAGGCGUUAAUAAGCAAGCCUUUGGAGGACAGUUAUCAAAAUGGCAUUAAUGAAAAAGAAACUGCAAUAGAUUACAGCUCCACCGAACACGUGGUGGCAAUAACAGAACGUCCAACUGUCAAGUUCCUUUACUCUAACAAAUACCGACAGCAAACGGCGGAGCACACUCUAGCAGAUAGUCUUCAAAACUCCGGCUACAUAACAUCGCCUAACGGGUCGUCACAGAAGUUCAGAUCCGCCAACGUCCUUGAUCAACUGAGGCAAUUUCUUUCCGGCAGUGACAGCAACAGCAAAAGCGAUGAGAGUGCCAAUUCCCAAUUCGUUAAUGAGUAUUCACUCCCCGAAUUAAGGUCCGCUAUCGGUGAAAUCAAGAAACUGUACUUGCCCAACGACCGGCCAGCAACGACCACUUUAAAAUCUAGCACGACUACGUUGCAUCCUGAUACCACGCCUAUUGCCACACUAUUUCCAAUCCGAAUCAAGGGAGUAUCCGUUUUACCGUCUCUUAACAUCUUGACCGCUAAUUCCACUUUAACAGAAAGAACAACGUCAAGCACUCCUGAUUUUAGUACCCCUAGAACCCUCAAAACCCCUCCAGUUUCUCUAACUACUGUCCCCACUAUUCCCACCGGUACAGCUACACCCUCCUCAUUUGCACCGCACACUGCGCGCGCUUCGAGGGUGAAUAAUGAUAUUAAGUCGUCGAUUGCUGCCGCUGCCCUAGGCCCUAGCACCUCAACCUAUCAGCCACCAGUGUCAGCGGGUAAAACCCAAAAGUUUCAAAUCGGCUUCGCUACCAACAAUAAAAAUCACCAACUCCAAAAGAGCAGCAUCAACCAUAAUGGGCCCGCAGCCUCAGCCUCUGUGAAGUGCUCCGAUAGCACACUAAACGCCAAAUGCAACGAAAUCUCUUCAAGAAACAACAACAGGAACCGGGGCAGUGCCAUGUACAGUAAUCAGGAUCGAGACGUGAUAUCCACGCCCAACCGCGGAACUCAUCCUCCACGAACGCGGCCAACACUUAAGCCAUCGGGAACAAUUGUAUCAAAGGCUCAAGAGUUUGUGGAUAUAUACCGUUACCCACCGUCCCGCCCUGACCCUAUUUACCCACAGCCUAUGCCAGAUAAAACGGCAGCCAAAUGCCGAAAGGACGUAUGCCUUUUGCCUGACUGCUAUUGCGGAGGAAGAGAUAUUCCUGGCGAGCUACCUGUUGAAAGCAUCCCUCAGAUCGUUCUCUUGACCUUUGACGAUUCCGUUAAUGACCUAAACAAGCAGUUGUACACGGAUCUUUUUGAAAAAGGUCGCGUCAAUCCAAACGGCUGUCCCAUCACAGCCACUUUUUACGUUUCCCACGAGUGGACUGACUACAGUCAAGUGCAGAAUCUUUACGCCGAUGGACAUGAAAUGGCUUCGCAUACAGUUUCUCACAGCUUUGGCGAGCAGUUCUCCCAGAAGAAGUGGACUCGUGAAAUUGCCGGACAGCGUGAGAUCCUUGCUGCGUACGGCGGUGUCAAGAUGUCGGAUGUUCGAGGCAUGCGUGCUCCUUUCCUGUCGGUGGGCGGAAACAAAAUGUACAAAAUGCUGUACGACUCAAACUUCACCUACGACUCUUCCAUGCCUGUCUACGAAAACCGACCACCCUCCUGGCCCUACACGCUUGACUACAAGAUAUUCCACGACUGCAUGAUUCCGCCUUGCCCGACCCGUUCCUAUCCUGGGGUGUGGCAGGUACCUAUGGUCAUGUGGCAGGACCUUAACGGAGGCCGCUGUUCUAUGGGCGAUGCCUGUUCCAACCCUAGUGAUGCAGAUGGAGUGACAAAGAUGAUUAUGAAGAACUUUGAACGUCAUUACACUACAAACAGAGCACCAUUUGGCUUGUUUUACCACGCUGCAUGGUUUACCCAGCCCCAUCACAAAGAGGGCUUUAUUAAAUUUCUUGAUGCCAUCAAUGCAAUGCAAGAUGUGUGGAUAAUAACCAACUGGCAAGCGCUUCAAUGGGUGCGAGACCCUACACCGAUAUCACGCAUAAACUCAUUCCAACCAUUUCAGUGCGAUUAUUCGGAUCGGCCCAAACGCUGCAACAACCCAAAAGUGUGUAAUUUGUGGCACAAGUCCGGCGUCCGGUACAUGAAAACGUGUCAACCAUGCCCCGACAUUUACCCCUGGACUGGAAAAUCUGGAAUUCGAUCUUCCCGAAUCGAUAAUGAAGUUGAAGAGCCGGCAGCGUAAGACUGGAAAUCAAUAGUCUCGCGUUGACCAUUUGCGGAUGGACCAUCAAUAGGCAAAAGGGACACCUGACAAUCCAAGAUACUGAAAUAUAAAAGCGAUAAACAUUUGAGCUCAAAAUACGGAGUUCACUCGUUAAAAUGUUUUCUAACAAUUUCGUCAUUUUAGCUAAUUCUUUAAAAGGAGCCUAGUUACAUUUUUGCAGCAUGUUAAUACAAAUUAUUUAUUCCCUUUUGCAUACUCCAUACCAUUCUGUAUAUUCCUAUAGAUAUUUACGAUACAUUGAGCACGCAAUCGCUGCACGACCCUUGUAAACGGAAAUCAAUUAGGCAUAGAACCCUAUUUUAAUAAGUACUAAUAAAAGGCGUAAUUGGUGCACCGAGUCUUUGAAAAUAAUAAAAUUACAAGUAUGAUUUGGAUGCAUCAAGUCCACACACCAAGAACGCAUUUAGGUAUUAGGCUAAUAUAAUUUUUUGUUUACAUGUGAUAAAGAGAUACAGCUGAAUUUAUGUAUUAUUAGAUUGGCUCAAGCCUCCUUUUUCCCACUUAAACUGCGUAUUUUUAAUGAAAAUAUUGUCAAAGCCAAAUUGGUAUUGGGUUUGGGUGCAUUAAGAUUAACCAGUGCGGUUUCAAGUUUAAGUUAUUUUAUUGGUGUGAGUCUAAAAAUAAUGAGCGCUAAAUUUGUUUAGUCGUAAUGUAUUAUUUUUUAAAUUAAAAUCUUUAAAAAGUUUAACAAAAACUUUAUAGCCUUAGUCCUAACUAAUGGAUACGCAAAGGCAGUCAAUUGAAGAGAAUAAAAAACGCGAAAAAGGGUAAAUAAGUUGAUUCCCAGAAUUGAGACGGUCUCUGCAAAUUAAAUUAUUUAAUUUAGUUAAAUGAAACGACAUGCACGCCUGCCGUGAACCAUUCAAUAAUAUGCGAAAGUAUUACGAGGAUUCCACAUCCAAUAAUUAGACAUGGUGAUUAAAUAGUGCAAGCGGGAUAACUAAUAAGGGCACGCAAAAAAUAUAAUUUAAACUUAAAGAGCAGGCGCAAAAUAAAAAAAAUAGAAAUGCGAGUGAAUUAAAUAUUUUAUGCUAGAUUUUGUAACAAUAUAAAUGUAACAAUAAAAUGAAAUAUUAC